AUGAAGCUGGACGAUCCUCAAGACCAACCGGAUGCGCUGUCGCCUGAAGAGACCGCCGCGUUGCUCAGCAUGAGCGAUUCUUUCGUGCAGGAAGCUGUUCACAUGUCGAGGCACUACACCGGAUGUUCGCGCCAUCCGAGCGCUAUUGACCCCACGCGCUGGAAGCGGAUAGCUCACGUGCGCAGCCUCGCAAUGUACAAGGAGCGUCGGGCUCGCUGGACACUUGGCAGCAAGCGUAAACUCGGGUCUCGCCUUGCAGCGAACGACUUCGUAGAUGACAGCGCCAAGUUGCUCCCAGCAACGCUAAUGGUUGGCACGUUCUCCGGCGACCUCGAGUCGGUCAUGUUCGGUCUGCAGUGCUCCACAGAAGACACCACUCGGAUACGAGCGUCGUAUCUAGGUGACAACCUGGUGGACGAGAAGUUGCUAGCAGCACCCUUGGAAUCGCCAACCUACGAAGAUCCGCUGCGCUCGUGUACCUUGAGGUGGCGAGGACUGCGCAGCGGCGCCACAGCAGCCAAAGGGAAGAUUUUCGGCUCACAAGCUAUGGAGACCGUGUACAUCGAGUCCACAGGAAUAACUGAGCUCGGCAAUGGUGAGCGCGUCGGCUACGAGCUGCUGCAGUCUGUCGAAGUCCCGGGAUUCGGAGGAUUCGGUAAGAACGGCAGACCGCAAGCCAUCAUCUCGUACUGCUACGUGUACCGCCAGCCGUCUCCUGACGUCAUGGAGGUGUUCAUGCUAGGCUCCACCUCUCGUGACGGUGUGGUCCUUGGCGGUGCACUGGCCAAGAUGCACAGUAUGCACCGGCUUGUGCGUUGUGCCGAGCGCAAGAAGCUCGCUUGGCUACUGAAUUCAAGUAAGCCUACCCUGGCCAGCACGAAAACUGGUGGCUGCUGCGCCGAGUGCUUCCGCUCUUUCGGUCGCUGGCCCCACAGAGCCGAACGACAGUGCAGCGCUUGUGACGAACGUGUUUGUGCGAGCUGCACAACCUACCGCCAGAUGCGCUUCGCCCUGCCAUUUCGUCGCAAAGUCACUCGAUCCAAGCUGGCCUUCUGUGGCCGCUGUCUGCAGCGCGCUGAGGACACAAGCCCCAUUAUCGUGGCAGCAUACGAAGCCAUGGAGCAGGGCGACGGCUUGGGCUUCGACACCUUCGACAGCUCGCAGCCACCGCUCUCUCAUCUGUCCAAGUGGAGCAGCCAAUGCGCCGACGUCGACGACGACCUCGCCAUGACGAUUCUCGGCGACUAA